AUGAGCGUUGAAAUUGGUACUAAAGUUGAAGGUGAAUGUCGCACUCGUCGUUCUCGCCUAAGUCCUGAUAAAUUGAUUGAUUCGCCCGAGGAAGGUGUUAAAACUCUUUAUGAUGUGGUGCAACGCAGUGUUAAAAAAUAUGGUGAUAAUAAAAAUGCUUUAGGUUAUAGAAAAAUCGAAAGGAUUGUUGAAGAAGAAAAGGAAGUCACAAAGAUUGUUGGAGGGGUCGAAAAAAAAGAAUUGAAAACUUGGAAAUAUUUUCAAUUAUCAGGUUAUAAUUGGUUAACUUAUAAUGAUUUGGAUCAAGAAAUUAAAACCAUUGGGGCUGGCCUGGUAAAAUUAGGUUUAAGUGAAGGGUCUAAAAUUGCAAUCUUUGCUGCUACAAGUGCCAAUUGGAUGCUUGUGACUCAUGGUUGUUUCUCACAGAGUAUGACUAUUGUGACUGCAUAUGAUACCCUCGGAGAAGAAGGUCUUCUCCAUUCAAUGAAUGAAGCAGAAGUUAAUGGAAUAUUUACUAACGCAGAUUUACUUCCAAUGGUUAAAAAGGUUGCUGGAAAAUGUUCAACUCUUAAAUUUAUAAUUUAUGAUGGUGAUGCAAAAGGAUCAGUCUUGCAAGAAUUGUCAAAUGCUCAUUCAAACCUUGGAAUUUUUACAUUGGAAGAACUUAAACAAUUAGGCAAAGAUUAUCCAAUAAAUACAAACCCACCAAAAUCACAAGAUAUAUGUUGUAUUAUGUAUACUUCUGGAACUACCGGUAAUCCAAAAGGCGUCAUAUUGACUCAUGCUAAUCUUGUUGCAGCAAUUGGUGGCGUUGAAAAAAUGCUCGGACAUUUAAUUCAAGAGGAUGACUCAUUCCUUGCAUACCUUCCACUUGCUCAUGUUCUUGAGUUUGGUGUGGAACAUGUAUGUCUUUGGUGGGGUGUUACCUUAGGUUAUGGAUCACCUCGUACUUUAACAGAUUCAUCUGUAAGAAAUUGUCUUGGCGACAUGUGUGAAUUGAAACCUAGUGUAAUGACUGGUGUGCCAGCAGUAUGGGAAUCAAUUAGGAAAGGUAUUCUUUCAAAAGUCCAUGGGAGUAGUCCAACUGUACAAAAGAUUUUUGAUGUAGCUUUCAAGACUAAAAGUUGGUUAAUGGGAAAAGGUUUACCCUCCAAACCUUUUGAUACUUUGGUAUUUGAUAAGAUAAAAGAACAAACUGGUGGAAGAUUGAGACUUGCAUUGUCUGGUAGUGCACCCAUCUCUAAGGAAACACAGGAAUUUUUAUGCGUAACUUUAUGUCCAAUAUUUCAAGGUUAUGGUAUGACUGAAGCUUGUGGUAUGGCUGGUACAAUUCUUACGCCAGAACUAUUUACUUAUGGCAGCGUGGGAACACCAGUACCUUGUACAGAAGUAAAAUUAGUUGAUGUACCAGAUGCUGGUUAUAAAUCUACAGAUACUCCCAAUCCACGAGGAGAAAUUUGGCUUCGUGGGCCUGCAGUCACACCAGGCUAUUAUAAAAAUGAAAAAGUGACCAAAGAAACGUUUACAGAAGAUGGAUGGCUACAAACAGGAGAUAUUGGAGAAUGGAAGCCAGAUGGAUGCUUGGCUGUCAUUGACAGAAAGAAAAAUUUGGUGAAAUUGGCCCAUGGUGAAUACAUUGCACUUGAAAGAUUGGAAUCAGUUUACAAAUCAACCUUAUUCGUGUCCAAUAUUUGCGUUUGUGCUGAUUCAUAUCAGUCACGUCCUGUAGCUUUAAUUUUUCCUAUUGAAGCACGAGUCAGAAAACUUGCAAUGGAAAAAAACAUAACUGAAACAGAUUUUGAAAAACUAUGUCAAGAUAAGGAAAUAACAAAUUCAGUGCUUCAAGCUUGUCUCGUUGAGGCAAAGAAGGCAGAUUUUAAACCCGCAGAAUUGUUAUCUGCAAUUACAUUGUUGCAUGAAGAAUGGACCACCGAAAAUGGACUUUUGACAGCAGCACAAAAAAUCAAACGUAGAGAUAUUCAACAAAAAUACCAAGGUGAUAUUGAUAGAAUGUAUGCAAGAUUCUUAUUUAUGCUUAUGAAAGACGCAAGGUUAGAAAAAAUAUUCAGGGACGAAGAUGCUAAAGACGGGACUAGUUGUAUACGACAUCAGUUUCUAAUGAAACAGUUAAAUCCGGCUAGAACAAAACGUACAGGAUGGGUGGAUAAUGGAAUCAAAGAUCCUGAAUCUAUUUCAGAUCACAUGCACCGUAUGUCAAUACUGGCGUUAUUGCUUGAUGAUCCAACCUUGGAUAGGAACAAAUGUGUAAAGAUGGCAGUUGUACAUGAUUUAGCUGAAUGUAUAGUGGAGGCAAUGAAACAUCUGUGCAAAGAAUUACUUAAUGACUCUCAACAAUCUAAAGAAAUAUUUGAUUUAUGGCAAGAAUAUGAAGAUGGAAUUAGCAAUGAAGCAAAAUUUGUUAAAGAUUUGGAUAAAUUUGAAUUGAUACUCCAAGCAUUUGAAUAUGAACAAUCUCAAAAUAAAGAUUUAGAAGAGUUUUUUGAGUCAACAAAAGGAAAAUUUAAUCAUUCGCUUGUAAAAUCAUGGGUUGGAGAAUUAUAUCGCAAGCGUAUGGAUGUAGUUAAAAAAGAAGAAAUAGAAGAUGAUAUUGAUGACAAGGAGGAUGUUUGGAUUGUGCAGCAAUCAUCGCAUAAAUGGAUUUAG